CCCGGCCCGUUCAAACGGCGGCGCGCGCGCUCCGCCCCACCGGGACCAGACCCCAGACCUUGCCCCAAAGUCGCGCUCGCAGCCCCGCGGCCCCCCCGCCCCGCCAUGCUGAGCGAGCAGAUGCAGGAGCUGGAGGAGGUCAGCAAGGAGCUGCUGAAGGUGCUGGUGUCGGACUGGGCCGGCGGCCUGCUGCGCCGCGGCCUCGACAAGCAGGGCCGCCUGCACGACAAGCUGCUGGCCUCGCAGAGCGCCGCCGCGCAGCUCAUCAAAGAGCUCACCGCUGCGGAGGAGACGGUGGCACAGACCCUCCUACCGGGAGACGGAGCUCCAGCAAUCCCUCGGAGGCUGCAGGCGAUGGAAGAGGAGCUGCUCCAGGCGCGGGAGGCCGGCACCGGCCUGCGGGCCAGCAACGGCGCCCUGCGGAAGGAGCUGGAGGAGCUGCGCGAGGAGAGCCGGCGGCUGGAGGAGGACACGGGCCGCGAGGACGACGCGGUGCCCGCGGCAGCGUACGUGACGCAGCUCUACUACAAGAUCAGCCGCAUCGACUGGGACUACGAGGCCGGGCCGACGCAGGUCAAAGGCAUUCACUACGGCCCGGAAAUCGCCCAGCCCAUCGACAUCGACGGCAGCCAGCACUCCCGCUGCUUCGUCAGCGACUACCUGUGGAGCCUGGUGCCGACGGCGUGGUGACGCGCGGGGCCCGGCCCGGCGCGGGCCG